AUGAAGGUUGGUGCCGUCCGGGGUCUUAAAGACUUCCUUGUCCGUCUCGUCCGUUCUCCCGGAUUGUACUUUGACGCUGGCUGGUCCACUCGUCGAUACUGGUUCUCCCUCGGCUUCAUCGCUGUCAUCUGCGCAAAAGUCCUCCAUAUCUACUCUCACCUCAACUCUCUUUCUGUCGGUCGCUUCCUGCUGUGGGGCUCGACCUUUUUCCUGCCAGAUGUGCUGUUUAUUUUCAUCCUCCGAGCUCUGACUCGUAAUUUUUCCCGACGAUGGGUUCGUGGGCUGGCCGCGCUGGUCGUGGUUCCUUUGAGCAUAGGAACCUCCUGUAUGGCCGCUGCAAACACCUCCUUCUACAUCUUCACCGGUGCCGAAAUUCAUUGGCGACAAGUCCACUCCUUCCACCGUGACGCUGCCGCCAUCAAAUACCUCUUGACCGGCCUUACCGGUCUGAUCAUCGUUGAACUUAUCUACAUUGUCGCUUCCUACUUUGCCACUCCAUACCUCUACAAUGGCGUGGGAGAAGUCCUCCGGGUUUUGAGCUCAUCUGCUGCCUCCGUCUGCUGCUUUUGGCGGAGGAAGAAGGACUUGCCAGACCCCAAAGUCUACGAGGAAGUGGCCCUCGAUGACUACGACGAUGACAAGAGCGAUACUGACUCCACUCUCCUCCUCGGGGCUCCUCCCAAACCAAACCAAGAGUCCAGCCACUCUCUGCUCAAACGCCUGCUCAUCCUUCUUCCCACGACUGUUAUACUCGUACUCCGCUGUUUCCGCCCUCCUAACCCGGCCUAUGGGUUCCUUUCCGAAACCCUGGUAGCGACGCCCUUUAGCGGCGACGGCAAGGGCCACCACCAUAGACACACAUUGCUCCAUAUCGAAGGUCUACACGGUGAUUACAGCUGGCUGGGCAAUCGCACCGCAUUGUCUCCUCCUCCCAAGUUCGAUUGGCUUCCCGCAGACCUGGAUGGAUUCAGGGAUUGGGGCACCAGUCCCAAGAAUAAGGACCCUUAUGUCCACUAUAGCCCGGAAAAGGACCCCCUUCACAUCUCCAAUCUGGAAGAGGAAGUUAUUGAGCCGUUCCGCGAUGCUCUACACAGUGGCAAGGCCAAGAUUAAGCAUGUUAUCCUCCUUAAGCUGGAAAGUACCCGAGAUGACGUUUUCCCCCUUCGAAAGGGGUCCUACAUGCAUGACCGGGUGAAAGAGACAUGGGGCUCAAAGAUACCGAAUGAGGUUGUCAAACGACUUGCCAAGCUGUCUCGGAAUUCAGAGCGCUUGACCGGAACGCCUUCCGGAUACAACAAAGAUCCACCUACACCGUAUGGUGGUCUUCAUGCGACCAACUCCUUCACUGCUGGUACCUUUACUCUCAAGAGCUUGACGGCCACCAUCUGCGGGGCUAAUCCCUUGGUUGUUGACUUUAACCGCGAAUAUCAGCACCACAUCUACCAACCGUGCAUGCCACAUAUCCUGGGUGCACUCAAUGCACAGGCCAACGAUACCACACGGACGAGCAACUUUACGUCGUGGCCGUGGCAGUCCGCCUUUAUGCAGGCCGUCACUGAUGAAUAUGAUAACCAAGUUUAUUUGACGCCAGCCCACGGAUACAACAUGGACAUGUACGUCAAUGUACCCAAGAUAGACGCCGACCGUGGUCGGAACGCCUCCGCUCCAGAAGAAGCCGACUUUUGGGGUUGGCCGGAUACUUAUUUGGGGAAAUACGUCCGCGAUGCCAUCAAUAAGGCUGAGAAGAAUAAAGAACGUUUGUUUCUCACCCAUUUAACUGGUCUUACCCAUGUGCCAUGGCACAUGCCAAAUGAUGAGUUUGAGGAUUUUGUGAAGACAGGCUGGUCUAGCCGGAAUGACAAACUCAACCGGUACUUGAAUACCAUCAGCUUCAUUGAUGGAUGGAUAGGAGAUAUUUUUGAUAUUCUCAAAGAGACGGGCGUUGCCGAUGAGACCUUGGUUGUGAUGACUGGUGAUCAUGGCAUUUCCCUUCCCGAGGACGGCGGUAUCACACCAUAUGACAACCCCCAUGUGUCUAACUUUCACGUUCCCCUGGUCUUCUCUCACCCACACUUGCCUCAUGUCGAACUCAACUCGUCUGUCACCUCGCUGCAGAUUCUGCCCACCAUUCUAGACUUGCUCCGGGAGUCAGAUUCUCUCUCCAAUGACGCCUUGGCAGCCAUUAAUAAUUUGAUUCCCAUGUACGAGGGCCAAUCAAUGAUUCGGCCAAUCAUUAAAGAAAAGGAGGGACUGAAGAACUGGCAAUUCACGGUCAUGAACACUGGAGGUACCUGGUUGUCGCUUCGAUCCGCCGACAAGCCGUAUCGGCUCGUUAUUCCUCUCGUUCCCGACGUGGAGUGGCGAUUCUCCAACCUCGAAAAGGACCCUAAAGAGUGGAAUACGGUCAUGUCUUUUGAUGUGUAUGGUUUGCUGGACAUGGUCGCCUGGCGCGAAGGGCAUGAGGCGGUUCAAUGGAUCAACGACGCAGCGCAUGUAACCGAGUGGUGGGUGUCUGAAAACUGGCGACGUUAUGAGUAUGCACCAUAGACUUGUACAUAUUACGCAUGGCGUCAGGGUGGGGUUUGCUGUGAUUUAGCGCAUUGUGAAUAUUAUGCUUAUUAUGAUGUAUAUCCUGGCUUUUUCCUGAAAAUCAAAUGUAGGGUGUCUCACCCGAUCACGGUCGCGUGACAAAUGGCCCCUUUAACCAAAUAGGC